CGCUUUAACAGAAUCAGAGAGAUCCAGCCGGGGGCCUUCAGGGGGCUGAGAAACUUGAACACAUUGCUUCUCAACAAUAAUCAGAUCAAGAGUAUACCUGGUGGGUCAUUUGAAGACUUGGAGAAUCUAAAAUACCUCUAUCUGUACAAGAAUGAGAUCCAGUCAAUUGACAGGCAAGCGUUUAAGGGACUUGCCUCUCUAGAGCAACUAUACCUGCACUUUAAUCAGAUAGAAACUUUGGACCCAGAGUCAUUUCAGCAUUUGCCGAAGCUGGAGAGGCUGUUUUUACAUAACAACCGAAUUACACAUUUGGUUCCGGGAACAUUUAAUCACUUGGAAUCUAUGAAAAGAUUGCGUCUGGACUCCAACGCGCUUCACUGUGACUGUGAGAUCCUGUGGCUGGCGGACUUGCUGAAGAGCUACGCCCGGUCGGGGAACGCACAGGCAGCGGCCACCUGUGAAUAUCCCAGGCGCAUCCAGGGGCGGUCGGUGGCCGCCAUCACCCCGGAGGAGCUGGACUGUGAAAGGCCGCGGAUCACGUCGGAGCCGCAGGACGCAGACGUCACCCUGGGCAACACCGUUUUCUUCACCUGCAGGGCUGAGGGCAACCCCAAGCCCGAGAUCAUCUGGCUCCGAAACAAUAACGAGCUGAGCAUGAAGACGGAUUCCCGCUUGAACUUGUUGGACGAUGGGACCCUGAUGAUCCAGAACACGCGGGAGACAGACCAGGGCAUCUACCAGUGCAUGGCAAAAAACGUGGCCGGAGAGGUAAAGACGCAGGAGGUGACCCUCAGGUACUUCGGGUCUCCAGCUCGCCCCGCUUUUGUAAUCCAACCCCAGAACACGGAGGUGCUGGUGGGGGAAAGUGUGACCCUGGAGUGCAGCGCCACAGGCCACCCCCCGCCAAGGAUCACCUGGACCAGAGGCGACCGGACCCCCGUGCCCGCUGACCCGCGGGUGAGCAUCACGCCAUCCGGCGGCCUCUACAUCCAGAACGUGGAACGGGAGGACAGUGGCGAGUACACCUGCUUCGCCUCCAACACCGUGGACAGCAUCCACGCCACGGCUUUCAUCAUCGUCCAAGCGCUUCCUCAGUUCACUGUGACGCCCCAGGACAGAGCUGUCAUCGAGGGUCAGACAGUUGAGUUCCACUGUGAGGCGAAGGGCUACCCACAGCCGGUCAUCGCCUGGACGAAAGGAGGGAGCCAGCUGUCGGUGGACAGACGGCACCUGGUCCUGUCGUCAGGGACCCUUCGGAUCUCGGGCGUCGCCCUGCACGACCAGGGCCAGUACGAGUGCCAGGCCGUCAACAUUAUCGGCUCCCAGAGUGUCACCGCGCACCUGACAGUCCAGCCCCGAGUCACCCCGGUGUUCACCAGCAUCCCCAGUGACACAACGGUGGAGGUGGGCAGCAGCGUGCAGCUGCCAUGCAGCUCUCAGGGGGAGCCUGAGCCCGCUAUCACCUGGAACAAGGAUGGGGUCCAGGUGACAGAAAGCGGGAAAUUUCACAUUAGCCCCGAGGGCUUCCUGACCAUCCACGACGUGGGGCCUGCGGACGCCGGCCGCUACGAGUGCUCGGCCCGGAACACGAUCGGGCAGGCGGCGGUCAGCACAGUGCUCAGCGUGCACGUUCCCGAUGUCAGUAGGAACGGGGACCCAUUUGUAGCCACAUCCAUUGUUGAAGCAAUCGCGACGGUGGACAGAGCCAUAAACUCCACACGGACGCACUUGUUUGACAGCCGACCCCGCUCCCCUAACGACCUGCUGGCCUUGUUCCGGUACCCACGGGACCCCUACACUGUGGAGCAGGCCCGGGCCGGGGAGAUAUUCGAGCGGGCACUGCAGCUGAUUCAGGAGCACGUGCAGCACGGCCUGAUGGUGGACCUGAACGGAACGAGUUACCACUACAACGACCUCGUGUCCCCGCAGUACCUGAGCCUGAUCGCCAACCUGUCGGGCUGCACGGCCCACAGGCGCGUCAACAACUGCUCGGACAUGUGCUUUCACCAGAAGUACCGGACACAUGACGGCACCUGCAACAACCUGCAGCACCCGAUGUGGGGCGCCUCACUGACCGCCUUCGAGCGCCUGCUCAAGGCCGUGUACGAGAACGGCUUCAACACGCCCCGUGGGAUCGACCCAGGCCGGCACUACCACGGGCACCCACUGCCCAUGCCCCGCCUGGUGUCCACGGCCCUCAUCGGCACCGAGGCCAUCACCCCGGACGAGCAGUUCACCCACAUGCUCAUGCAGUGGGGCCAGUUCCUGGACCACGACCUGGACUCCACGGUGGUGGCCCUGAGCCAGGCCCGCUUCUCGGACGGGCAGCACUGCAGCUCCACGUGCAGCAGCGACCCGCCCUGCUUCUCGGUGGCCAUCCCCCCCGACGACCCGCGGGCGCGCAGCGGGGCCCGCUGCAUGUUCUUCGUGCGCUCCAGCCCCGUGUGCGGCAGCGGCAUGACGUCACUGCUCAUGAACUCCGUGUACCCCCGCGAGCAGAUCAACCAGCUCACCUCUUACAUCGACGCCUCCAACGUCUACGGCAGCUCCGAGCACGAGGCCCGCGCCAUCCGCGACCUGGCCAGCCAGCGGGGCCUGCUGCGCCAGGGCAUCGUGCAGCGCUCGGGCAAGCCGCUGCUGCCCUUCGCGGCCGGGCCGCCCACCGAGUGCAUGCGUGACGAGAACGAGAGCCCCAUCCCCUGCUUCCUGGCUGGCGACCACCGCGCCAACGAGCAGCUCGGCCUGACCAGCAUGCACACGCUGUGGUUCCGCGAGCACAACCGCGUGGCCGCCGAGCUGCUGGCGCUGAACCCGCACUGGGAUGGCGACACCGUCUACCAUGAGGCCCGCAAGGUGGUAGGGGCGCAGGUGCAGCACAUCACCUACCGGCACUGGCUGCCCAAGGUGCUGGGCGAGGUGGGCAUGAAGAUGCUGGGCGAGUACCGUGGCUACGAUCCGGGCGCCAACGCCGGCAUCUCCAACGCCUUCGCCACGGCCGCCUUCCGGUUCGGGCACACGCUGGUCAACCCGCUGCUGCAGCGGCUGGACGAGAACUUCCAGCCCGCGGCGCACGGCCACGUGCCGCUGCACAAGGCCUUCUUUUCCCCGUUCCGCAUCGUGAACGAGGGCGGCAUCGACCCGCUGCUCCGCGGCCUGUUCGGCGUGCCGGGCAAGAUGCGCGUGCCGUCCCAGCUGCUCAACACGGAGCUCACCGAGCGCCUCUUCUCCAUGGCGCACACGGUAGCGCUGGACCUGGCCGCCAUCAACAUCCAGCGCGGCCGCGACCACGGCAUCCCGCCCUACCACGACUACCGCGUCUACUGCAACCUGUCGGCCGCCCACACCUUCGACGACCUGAAGAAUGAGAUCAGGAGCCCCGAGAUCCGAGAGAAGCUGCAACGGUUGUACGGCUCCCCGCUCAACAUCGACCUGUUUCCCGCCCUCAUGGUGGAGGACCUGGUCCCCGGCAGCCGUCUGGGGCCUACCUUGAUGUGUCUGCUGAGCACGCAGUUCAAGCGCUUACGGGACGGGGACAGGUUGUGGUAUGAGAACCCGGGGGUCUUCACCCCCGCCCAGCUCACGCAGAUCAAGCAGACGUCACUGGCCCGGAUCGUGUGCGACAAUUCAGACAACAUCACGCGUGUGCAGAAGGAUGUGUUCCGAGUGGCCGAGUUCCCGCACGGCUACAGCAGCUGUGACGAGAUCCCCCGGCUGGACCUCCGCGUGUGGCAAGACUGCUGUGAAGACUGCAGAACCCGGGGGCAGUUCAACGCGUUUUCCUACCACUUCCGAGGCAGGCGGUCCCUUGAAUUCAGCUACCGGGAGGACGAGCCAGCCACGGAUGCGGGGCCUGGGAAGAUGCCAAGAGCCGGGACGCCCGGGACGAGGCCCAGUAAUGCCUCAGCCACCGCCUUUGAGCGCCCACCAGUAGCAGGGACCAGCGACUUCCGGGAGUUUGUCCUGGAGAUGCAGAAGACCAUCAGGGACCUCAGGAAGCAGAUAAAGAAACUCGAGUCCCGGCUCAGCACCGAGUGCGUGGAUGCAGACGGCAGCUCGCGCGCGGACGGUGCCACGUGGAAACGGGAUCCCUGCACCGUCUGUGAAUGCCGCGACGGGCAGGUCACCUGCUUCGUGGAGACUUGCCAGCCCGCCGAUUGUCCAGCACCCGUGAGGCUCGGCGGGGGCUGCUGUCCCGUCUGCCCGGGAGACGCCAUGGGAAAGAAGCCCUGA